CGGCAAGUGCUACUCCGAAAAAAAAAGAAAAAGCUGUUGCACUGUGCGCUAAGCGGCGUGCCCCCCCCUAUACGCGCCCACGCUUCUCGCUAACCUGUCCUGUACCGUGCCUGAUCGAAUAAUUUCUGUCCCUGUUCUAGCAGCACUUCCAAACACGCCCAAUCGCUCUCCUCCACCCUUUAUUCUCUCCUGGCUGGCCACUAUCUCCGGACUUCUUCUCUUCUGCUUCUUCCCCCUACCUUCUCUUCUUUUCUUGUCUUUUUUCCCAUCUUGCGCUCUUCAAUACCCCAAAUCAACCAUUUGCCUUUAUUAAAGCAGAUAAUCCUGCGCAUUAACCGACAACCCAUCUCCAUACGUUCUCCCCAACCAAGCUCGACGAUACACCUCCACAAAACGGUACAACCCGCAGGCACAACUCUUUGCCCUCGACAACUACAAACUGCAUUUUCGACGUUUGCACACCCGUAUCGAAUGCUAUCAACCGCAUCAUCCGUUACGGAAACACCAUAUACAGCUAAAGCCACCCAUUCUUCAGCCUUGGAACGGCGUGUCAUUCCUACCUUCUUCGGCUGAGGAGACACACGCGGACAGCGGUGAUUAAAACCCAAAGGGCUGUCACACCAGUUGCCCAAUACUGUAGAGGAGCCUUGGUCUCUCUUCAAUCUGUGCCGAAAACCUCAUUUGCUGGUAAAGAGGUCUGACUUGAGACGGCGCGUUGACAGAGCUCCUUGUGAAUCUCGUCACCAUUUCCGUUUGAAAGUGACAAAAGUGUCACCGCUCAGCGAGUCUUUGCCAACCAGAUUUUGUUCCUGAAACCAAAACGAAUUUUUCAACAUGAACAGAUUUUUGACUAAGAAGCGCGGCAAGGAAGAUGCCUCUGUGCCACGCCCUUCUAUCGACUCGGAUGCUUCCAGUCCCUUUCGAAGAUUCGCCAAGAGCAAGAAGUCGGUGGAAAGCGACUAUAACCGACCUGUACAAAUCACAUCCACAUUACCUGUCACCGACGACUUCAGAACCAGUUUAUUGAUGACGGGACUCUCAGCGCGAUUCUCCAUGUUGCGAGAGCAAGACGAUCCAUUGUCCAAGAUUGGUAAGGCAAGCGACGACAGUGUUUUGCACCCCAACAGACAAUCUCGUAUAAUGGAUUUUAAUAACCAUUACGCCGGAUUGGGUGACAUUUCUGAAGUCGAGUCUAUCCGACCAUCGUUCCUUGAACGUGACCCAUCUCAGCUGUCUGAUGACGGUCAAACGGGCAGCAUUAUGAACCGCUCUAGACCAAACGAUGGCAACAACCUGUUUGGCGGCAGGCAAAAAAUCUACAAGAUUGCUGCAGGAUCCAAACCUGGAGCCAUGGGCGGUCGAGCCGUUUAUGAUGAUGAUGUUGCUAAAUCUUCCUUCCAAAAAUGGCGUCAAGCUGAGCGGGCCAAGACCUCUCACGGUGAGAAGAGUCCUGAGUUGCCAGAUGCUGGUUCAUUUGGCCAAGUCAGCCAAUAUGACACAGCCUCCACACUAUCCUCUUUUGCCGCCACCCGUGAUUCGACAUCCUCCUCUUUGACCUCUCAAUACGCCAGUUCGAUCAAAGACGGACCGUCGACGACUGUUACACCCUCGGCCUCAAGCAGCAACCUCGAACGAAGCGUUACACGUACCCGUCGACUGUAUGAGCAGGGUCUUAACAAAGAACUCAAGGACCAGCAGAGCUCAGCUCUCUCUCGCAUGGACACUCUUUCACGCCCUAGAAUUGUCACCCCUCGGGCUGGCGAUGUUGGCCCAUCGACGCCAUCACCGACGUUGGCGGCUUACAUGGAUCGUACAUUUGAGAAGCGCGGCCUCCUGUCCAAGGCUAGCGCGCCUAAUUUGAGGUCCUUUACUCCUCCUACAACGGGAUCUUCACCAAUCCCGCCUUCUGAGCCUCUCCCUAUGCGAGGCUCUCCUGAAAAGGCAAACUUUGGUGUUAACCCCCCAUUGAGUCCUCCAAUCAGCGAAGCCGAGGAGCAUCCUGUUCUGCCUAUUCAGCCCAACGACCGUGGAAAGGCAACAUCGCUUGGUGUAUUCAGCAGACCUCAACAGUAUGAUGACUCGAAAUUCGCUCAACGACAACGUGAUCUAUUGAGGGGACGAGAAUCCGGUGAGCUUGCGACAUCUGACUCUGGCAGCUCACUCCAAUUCCCUCGCUCAAGCUCUAUUGCAUCGAGCCUACGAACGACAUCCGAUCGCUCCGAUGCUGCCGCUCUGCAUCCCGACCCUACGCGAUCAUCCACCGGGGGCGAUGAAUCCUCCUUCUUUGCAGAGGAAGCUGAUGCCCGCAACAAUCUGGUCAACCUUGCUACUGGUCUUGGUGGCCACUCCAUGGAGCGUCCUAAUGACGAAGACCACCCAGCUUUCAGACAAUCCGCCCUACCUACGCCUCUCACUCUAUCAUCUCGCAACUCAGACGGCUCGGCUCACUCCAAUGAAGCCGCCGUUGCCCCUCCCGCUGAUACCAACACUGAUGCCAACGCUGAGACCAAGACCUCAAACUUACUGGCUGCCCCUGCACCACCCGCACCAUCUGGUCUCAGCGGUAUGGUAAGGCAACAUCUGAGACACGAGAGCAACACCUCGUCCAUCUAUGAUGCGGCGGAUGAGACUGAACAGAACUCACCAGCAAGAUCACGACCUUUGUCUUCGCGAAUUGCUGCUGCUACGAGUGCUUGGUCGUUGACCGAGUCUGAGUACAACCCUGAUAGCCGCCCAGGAUCCUUUUUGCCUCCUCACCCCGCGUUGAAUGAGGAUGUACAGGAGCAGCAAGAUGAGAACGACCCCGAGUUCGCCCGUCAUCUGGCUGAUGGUGCUCGCAGAGUGCGAGAAAAGCUCACGUCUUUUGUUGACUCCGAUAGUGAGCAGGCUUCCUCGUCACGCCCAACCUCGGAAUCGAAAGAACCGCCAACACCGCGCACUAAUCCCCUAGGGAUUUUGAGAAGCAAGUCCAGCCGUGGCUCUAUUUUUGACCGUAACCGCGAUAGGGAUACUGUUGAGAGCGUCACCGAAAAGGUCCCAAAGCUGCCGACUGAGUCUCCUGAGCAAAAGGAAGAAACAAAGAGCUCCCCAGACGGUGGAAUUCACGCCGGUCUUAGAGCCUUUAGACAAGCCCGCCGCGAACUGCAAAAGCUCAAAGAGAAUGAAUCCCGUCAGCGCCACCAAGGACCCCCAGCUGCUCCCGAUUCCGCUAUGGACCGCCCUGCUAUGCACAUGCACAGAGCCGUCUCUAACGAUCCUAUGAUGGGACAAGACCGCAUUGCUAGGAGCAGGUCUAGCGAUCCGUCAGAACACAACCAUGACGGUUUCAGAGCAGGAGAGGAGCAAAAGUUUACGAGGCCCAGAGCGCUCUCCAGACCACGAGGCGAUUAUAUUGACGGUCCAUUUGACAGUGCUCGCAUGGGCCGCCCUCGCAACGGUAGUUUGCUUGCAGCUGCUGCUUCAACCCCCAACUUGCACGCACCUGUUGGCGCUCCUCCACUGCCACCCAUCAACCCUCGACGCAAAACAGCAUACGGAAUGGGUCGCCAAAGUGCCGAAUCAUCGCCUUUGCCAUCACCCCGCAUGCUACAAUCGGGUGAGGGCAUGACGCUCCCUCCUCCGCCUAGCGAUAUGCACGCAGACCCGCGCCGUCAAGGUAUGCGUCGAGUUAUCAGCGACAACAACGCAGACCGAAUCCACAUGAGCCCACCAACACGUCGACCUCCUCUGCCUCAUGCCAACGUCUCAAGCGCUAGUAUGCCAGGCGGCAUGUUUUAAGACGGGUAACGUCACGUUGAGCAGGCACUUCUUUCACAGUAUAUAUUUUCUAGGCUGUGUUGUACGACUCAACCAGCUUCCUUCACUUCUUGCCAUAUCACCAGGCUCAGCCGGAGUGAACAUUUGAUUACGGUCAAACUCAUGAUUUGAUUUCUCUUUAAGCAACUUGCUUGCUUGUCUUUCUAUUACACACACGUCCUCGACACGGCCUUUUCUUUUUUUAACCAGUUUACUUGAACUGCUCUCUACGGUCAUUCUAUUCUUCCUUCUAUGUCACAUUUUUCUUUUUGAUCUUGUACUUGUUUUGCGAAGUGGGAGGCAUAUAUGGCACCACAUGCUUGGUUGUUGAUUUAAAAUAAAUGCAGAAUCAUGCCGGUCUUUGAUUUCAGCAUUAUUCAAGCAAGGGUACUUUGGUAAUGGAAGGGACAGGGAUCGAUUUUACAACAUAUCUUAGCGAUAGCAUGGCAGAUGGUGGCGGGAAGCGAGACAGAUUUCGAAUUUGGACGCUUGUCAGAGCUCAAUACCCAAGAAACGCAAACGGCCUCUAGUAUUUACACACAAUACAACUAAUGACUUGAAUUUUCCAUCAG